ACACAGUGGAACCUUUGUUCUUACAACCGAGAAAAAACGGAAAGACGGAACUAUAUGUGCGACGGACAAGCAUGGGUAUUCGUCUUGCUGUGCGUCAGGUUCUUCGGUGGAGUGUGAGAAAUGCGACCUAUUCUGUAGUCAAUCCACUUCAGUUUGGGAGAUACCACCUCCAGCCUGUCAGUAACGGGUGCAGCUUGUUCUGUUCCUCCACCCGGAGUACUCUGCAGUCAACGCAACAAAACCAUGAACUCCAUCCACUGUCAGAAAAGCCAGUCACAGAAAUGUUCCUGCUGUCUUUAGUUGAUAUAGGAUUCACAGACGCCCAGGCAGAGCAGAUAAAUGAGGCUGUGUCCAAAGUCAGAGGAGGAAGUGCUGCCAAACACGCUCAGUCAACGCUCACAGCUCUGCUUGUUUUGGGCCUCAAUCCUUCCAGUGUGCUGAAGCUGCUGCAGAAGUGUCCUGAACUAUACACUGUCAGUGAAUCGCAGCUGCAGCAGCGCAUAGGAAACUUACGGAAACUGGGUUUAGUUGAAGGCAGUCUUCAGAGAGUGGUGGCCUAUUACCCCCAGAUUCUGACAGUGCCUGUGAAGACAAUAAAAUAUGUGGUGGCGUUCCUACGAGAGAAGUGCCUGUUUACAGCCCAGCAGGUCACAGACAUCCUCAGAGACAGUCCAGCUAUAAUACUGGAAGACCUGGACCAGGUGGAGUACAAGUUUCAGUACGUCUACUUCCGAAUGGGUGUUAAACAGAGAGAGAUGGUGAAGUCCAGGUUGUUUCGUUUCACUCUAGACGAAGUUCGCUGUCGACACUGUUUUCUGGAGCGUAGGGGUCUGUACCAAACCCCGGACAAGAAAGGACAGACAAGCAUUAUCAACCCCAAGCUGGACAGCAUCCUUAAGGUUGACCAGGACACCUACCUUGUAAAAGUUGCCAGGGCGUCAGCAGAGGAGUAUGAUGUAUUUCAGAAACUGAUGGCAAGAGAAUGGCAGGAAGAAGAGCAGCUGCAAGGCAGCAUUGAAGCUGAUAGUGAUAGUGAUAGUGAUGAUGAGGAGGAGGAUGACGAGGACGAGGAUUCAAAAGGGAAAAGUGGCUAUAGGAAGCGGACAAAGAAAUGACAGGAAAAACUGAGGGAAAUGAAAAUAAUUGAAAGAGGAAAUUAAGUGAACAGAGAAAAUGACAGAUGGCAAAUUAACCAAUAAAAUGGUUUCUUUUAACAGUUUGUUGAAGUAAGGUUUAUCACCAAGUCCUAUAGAAUACUCUUAUCUAAAACACACAUGGAGACGUAAUGUUGUGCUUGUUGUUAACUAACAUGUUCUCUUUCAAACGCACACAUAAGAGCAACUGAUUGGACUUAAAGAACCUUCUGGUUGGAAGUUGCUGUGUUUAUCUACGUGGCCUUGUCGAGAGGAGAGAUGCAGUGAUGUCAAUGUGUGCUUGGGCUAAUAGGUGAUGACUUCAUAUGGAUGAGCUACAGCUUUCAGGCAUGGACAUGGUUAAUCAUUUCUCCCAUAUGUUCUUUCCACUCUGAAAAAGUUUUUUGACUUUCCUUAAGUGGCCCAAUAAUUUCAAGGAAUCUCAUAGGCUUAAAUUAAGAAGGAAUUGCAAAACUAAUCAGUUUAAUAAAAGAUUGUUUUUGAAUGAGCUGUAACAGAAUUGAAUUUAAAACAUCUUGGGUAGAAAAUAGUGAAAAACAGAUAUCUGCUCCUCAUGCUUAGUAGAUAAAAAGCUCCACCCCGUAACUAUGUGACAACCAGGUGGCCGUAGCUUCCUCCAUCCUUGUAUUUUGUCUGAGUCAACAAAGAGCAGAUCAGAUAAGGCCAGCGGGUGCGAUGAAAACACCCAUAGAUUUAUAGAGGCACUAUGCUUAAUGGAUAUGCAACAGAGAGGUUUUUCUGUUCUGGGUAUCAGGUAAGAAAACUCACCUUUGGUCAGUCGAUAAUUUGAUGAUAGAUGUGUUUGUGCAAAGUUUGAACAGAACUGAGCAAUUUUCUGUUUGUCUGAAGGGUUUGUAAGCAUUUACUGUGGGAGUAGUGGAGGUAUUGUUAUCAUGUUUGUAUUAUUCCUAAAGUUUUUAUUCUGUUUGUUGAUCUGAUGCCCGACCUGAGAUGAUAUGUAUGUAUAUUAAAAUUCCUCAAAAGAUAUUCUGAUCCAAACAGCUCCUGAAGUCUGUU